AUGUCUACAAUGAUACGCACUCCUACGAAACCAGCAGCUCAACGGUCGUCACCGGCGUCGGCAGGAAAGUCGGGAUUUGGAGAACCGCAACCCUCUACACCCCAGACUGGCACAUGGAAGCACCCUAAAUUCGAUGAAAUUGCAAAACGACAGAGUGCGGCCACUUUCACAGACCAAAAUCUGAGGACGCUUUUAUGGAAUGGCGUGGGUUUUGUUGUGUUAUGGUACCUGGGUCGAACGCUUUGGAGGACCUUUCCUGGUUACUUCUUUGGCGAAGGAACAUUCCCAACGGUUGCGUCCUGGAGCUUUCGGGCGAUAGAGUUCUGCCUAAUUUUCAACAUUGUUGUCGCACUUCACCCAUUCUAUACGAAGAGAGACAACAUGGAAGAUAUCCCUUUGACACCUGCGCAACGAAAAUUGCUUGGAUUGAAACCUAGUUCAAGACCGCCUACCCCAGGGUCGGAGUAUGUGACUCCACCGAGAUAUAGGAGGACGUCGUCACCCUUGAGCAGCUCGCCUGCGAGCAGGAGAGGAAGCCCAGCUUCUGAAAGUCCUUCCGGAAAACGGUCUGAGAGUCCGCACAAUCAAGAUGGUCUGGAGAGUUUGGUAAAUCCACUGGGACUAGUUCACUCGCCAGGUGCCAGUCCCUUGUUACAGAAGACCUUGAUGGGUGGAAGUGGCAACCGGAGGUCAUCUUAUGGUUCGUCAAAUCCUCUGGGUCGAUCGAUAGGUGAGCCUGGUACGCCUGGCACGCCGAGUCCAUUGGGUGGUGCGAAAACAUCGAGUGUAGGAUUAAACAAUAAAUGGCUUUAUGAGAAGGGAAGGAGAAAUUCGGGGAAUGCCCGACUAUGCAAGGCACAAUUAAGGAUGGGAGCUUCCGACUCGAAAUUAGUAUUUAAGAAGGGUAUCUUCAGGCUUUCAGAGGACAAGAUCAUUCCUCCCGAUGAUCCAUACUGGGCUUCUUUUUGGGAGCUACCAGAAUCCACAGAAGACAUCUUCAGUCUAUUCUCUCCGGCAGAUAUUCGAAGAACUCGCGACACGGCUUUAGAAAAUCUAGAGACUCUGAUAUUAGCGAUAACAAGUCGACUCUUCGUUCUCCGCCAUCACCCCUCAUUCCCUCAUCCGGAAUUUGCCCCAGAAAGAGAUGCCUUGAAUUGCAUUCGAAUUCUCACACGCAUUCUACCAUACGUAUACGAAGCCGAGAGACUACAAUCAUGGGAAGAAACAUUCUUUUGGGGUGUAAGGAGGAAACGGACACGUAAGGCAGCUUUGGCUCGAGAUGUGAUAUUCGACGAGUCCCAGGAAGAACUACAAAAACUUGAAGCCGCAGCGCAAGAGUUCGAGGAAGUCAAACCAUUGGCAGAAGAAUUGAUCGACACAUUGAUCGAUUUGUUGUUCUUCGCAGACUUUACCCUCCCAAAACCACAGAAUGCCAAGAACAAAGUAUCAUAUGCCAUCUGGCAAAGCGGAGUAGGGUGCAAUACACCCGUCGGGACGAGUAAAGAGUUCGAGAACAAUCGCACCGAAAUUCUAAGGUUGCUCUUGACUUUAACCAGUCAGAGCAUGUAUAUGUCGGUAAACUUACUUCCUGUACAAGGUGUGAAGGCCAUCACAUAUAUCGCUACUUGCCCAGAGAAGCAGGUUGUGCUAUCUGUGCUAUGUUCCCUAUUGAACACCACCCUGAAAUACAACCCGGCAAAAUGGCAAGUACCAUAUAAUGUGCAAGUUUUCAAAGAUCCGAAACAGAUACUAGUCACAUAUGCAUUGCAGUUUCUGCUUGCCAUUCUCCUAUAUCCAAUACCUGAAUCUGGUCCAGCCCAAACCAAGAAAAAUUAUUUCCGUCAUUUCCUUGGUCGUUUACAUAGACCCCAAGAUUUUCAGUUCAUUGUAGAAGGAAUGACAAGAAUCUUGAAUCAGCCUAUGAACGCUACCACCUCCUAUAUUUCCGGGAGUCAAUCAUACACAAAAUGUGCUUCAGAGAUGAUCAUGCUAUUCUGGGAAAUCACCCAGUGUAAUAAACGAUUCAGAUCUUUUCUAAUUGAUACAGAUCGGUCACACGAUUUCGUUAUUUUAAUUGUAUUCUAUUCUCUUGAAUACAGACUAGAUGCAUCCAAGCAAGGCGUUGUACGGAUGUGUAUUUUUAUCUUACAGACCUUGAGUGUGGAGCCGAACUUUGGCAAGAAUCUAAACAAGAGAUUUGAAGCCCAAGAUACUCUACCACCGAGUAUUAGACUUCAGUCAUUCAACGGGACAUACGCCGAUUUCCUUAUACAGUCCAUCUACAAUAUAAUAACAACAAGCCAAGGAAAACUGACAGCCAUUUAUCCAGCAUUAUUAGCAGUGAUAAAUAAUAUUGCUGCUUAUCUGGAGAAUAUUAGCGCUUCAACAUCUUCAAAACUCUUGCAAUUAUUUGCAUCGAUGUCAUCACCAGGAUUUAUGUUAUCGAACGACAGUAAUCACGAUCUUCUUCAAUCUCUGUUGGAGAGUAUGAAUGCUAUCAUCGAACACCAGUACCCUAACAAUCCCAAUUUUGUGUACACUAUAUUGAGGAACAAAAAGAAAUUCGAAGCUUUACGGCAUUUUACCUUGGAGAGUGGCCAAGAAGAGAUCGAAAGAAGAAAUAGGCGAAAGAAAGAGCGUCUAGCCGAAUUAGGAGAUGUAGAAAAUGAGAGGGGCUCUGCGGAUAGUAUGCGGAGUCCGUCUGUAAGCCACCAACGAGUAUCGUCAGCACUUAGUAAUGUACCGGAGGAGGAUACGUUCGCGAUUGGGGACGAUGAAGACGAAGAUAGUGAUGGCGAGGAACGUCCUACUCCGGCAGCAUCCACUCCUACAGAACAUCCCUCAAGGGCUUCAUCCGUAUCUUCAAGCUUUGAUGAUACAGUUCCAACGCAGCUGCGGGGAAUGUCAGAGAAAGCCAGGGGUAAAAUGCCUGCUGGAAUGCCCACAUUUUCCAGGCACAAUAGUACAACAAGCUUAAGCAGCUACGCAGCAUUUUCGUCAAGUGGUGCAUUUGAACCUACGCCUCAAUGGAUAGAAACAUGGCUUCCUGAGCUCCCGCUCCAUUCAAUCUUGACCCUAAUUGAUCAAAUUGAUUCACUAAUUUCAAAUCCUAAUAAUCCUUCUGAUAUUCCCUCGAACAAUAUUCUCCGCACGAUUCAGAACGCCGAAAUAAGAGGAAUAGAAACUACAGACAUUCGCAUUCAUUCUUUUGAGUGGACACCAUUAUCACUUGGUUGGUACGAAUCUCUACUCUGGGCAUUCGUCUUCACAUCCGAAAUGCAGGUUGCGAAGGGUACCAUAGGCGUUUGGAAUGGUACGGCGAUCAAAUUGUUUCGGGUACAAGAAGUAGCAGCACAUGGACCUACAUUUAGUUCCCCGAGGGGUGCAGUUGAUGCUGUGGGUAGUAAUAUUGUGAGUAGGCUUGGUAGUAUGAAUUUGCGGGGUGUGACACAGGGUGGUACGGCUACAGGUGGCGGUGUUGGAGGGGGUAUUGUCCGGACUGGGACAGGAGGAUCUACAAGAAAUGACUCGCCGUUGGGAGGCAGGAGUGCAAUCAUUUAA